UCCUCACGGUGCGUUUAGAUAAACGCACCUGCAUAUGUAUUAAAAUAGAACACACUUGAAGGAUAAAUUUUAUAUAUACGCGCCAUUAUAUGUAAUUUCUUCAGCUUUCGAUUGUUGAUGAAAGAGCCCUGUUUUUUACCAUAGCGGUGUGUAGUGAGAAACUAAUAGAAACUAAACAGAAAGUACAAACAAGCUGUUUACUGCUGUAUAAUGUUAUCAUCCUUGUGUUGCCGAUAGUAUACUUAAACGAAGUAAAUUGUAAGAAGUGAACGUCAGCAUUGUAAUAUAAACUCUGUUGUUUUUAUCGUUUGAAUGCGGUUAGUGCAUUUAAUCAUUCAUCCAAAUAAAUAUUUACUUUUAACGAUUGCUUUUUAAAAGCAAAUCACGUAAAAAUGAGUGUAAGACUUUUAAAAGAUCCUGCUACUGUAAGUAGCCGAAUAUUUGUGGGUCAUUUACAAACGGACGAUAUGACCAAACAUGAAUUGGAAGAACACUUUUCAAAAUAUGGAACUGUUGUUGGUUCUUUGAUAAAUCGAGGUUUUGGCUUUGUUCAAUUUGAGGAAGAACAAUCUGCUCAAAAAGCUAUUCAGAACGAAGAUGGUGCUAUGUUCAAAGGCAGAAGAAUAGAUGUUAGACCAGCAAAGAAAGACAAUCAAUCCAGUGGCGGGGGCCCAGGGAAAUUAGGAGGACCCAAUAAUCAGUUUAAUUCUAAUAAUAAUCACUUUAAUCCUGGAAAUGAUUCUUUUAAUAGCGGGAGUCAAAAUUAUGGGGGAAAUUCAAGUUUUAACUCGAAUCAGAGUUUUAACUGCGAUUCACAGUUAAAUGAUAACCAAAAAGGAAAUGCUAUACAAAAUCGAAGCAGUGGAAAUGAUCAAUUUAACGAUGCUAAUCAGAAUAGGGACAAUGUAAAUGAUCAGUUUGCAAAUCAAAAUCGAAACAGUGGAAACGAUCAGUUUAAUGUGAUGCAAAAUAAAGGAAAUAAUCAAUUUAAUCCGAAUAAUCAGACCAGGAGCAGUAGUGACCAAUUUAAUCAAAAUAGAGGUGGCAAUCAGUUUGGUCCAGGGGGAAAUCAAAAUAGACCCGGAGGAAAUCAAAAUCGUAAUUCAAAUAAUCAGAAUAAUCAUGGUCAAAGUGGUGGUGGAGGUGGUGGUAUGAAUAGUGGCGGUGGUGGUAGAGCAAGGAACAACAGAGGUGCAAAAAACCGUAAUAAAAAUAGGGACAAUUCAAGUGGGAAUAAUUUUAGAGACCGUAGUCCUAUUAAUAGAAGUGGUCGUUUAGAUGACAAAGGUGCACGGGAUUGGGAUCACAAACAAGGUGACAGAUUAAGGGGGAACAAUUUUGGUCGAGAUUCAUUUAACGACAGUAAUAAUCGUUACGAAGAUUUCAAGAACUCUGGCCCUAGAGAUAUGAACAUCAAUUUUAACAAUACCAGCACAUCAACCGAAUACUCAAAUGUGGUAACUGAAAAAAAUGACUGUGAAAUUAUUGUUGUGAACAAAGCAUUAACGGAGUAUGCUGAAAGUAUUGAAAUGAGGUUAAAGAAAAUCGGAUUAACAGUGGAUUUAUUAUUUCCAAAUGAAGAUGUUCUUUUAAGUAGAGUUCUAGGAAAUAUAGCAAGCCGUGGAUGUUUAUACGCAGUUGUCGUUACACCUAUUAAUCAAGAACAUCAUUCCUUAACUUUAAAUAUUCUUCACGGUUUACCUCAAGAACACAGAAAUAUGCUCGUCGAUGAUGCUAUUAAUUUAAUACAACGUGAUUUUGCUAAUUACAAGGCUGGUGGACGAUCGGUUCCAUUGAAUACACCUUUCGCGAACGAAAGACAUCCUGAUGCUAUUCAAGUUCUUUUAAAUAUGUUGGCUGAUAAUCAUCAACUAACAGUGUUACAAUAUGAUCGUGUUAUAAAAUAUCUGGAAAUUAAACGCGAAGAACAGGUGCAAGUUGAGUUAGGAGACGUAAAAGAUUUACCAACGGCGACAACUACGAUAACAGUUAGCGACCCGAAACAAGCCGAAUUACAAUCUAGAAUACUUAACAUCCUAAACAGUAACAAAACAAAUUCAUCCGUGCCAGCACCUAGUCCAGUACCAGCUCCAACUUCGACACCGACACCUGUUCCACCAGCUACUUGGGGAGCAGCAUCAACUGCCACAACAGCAUCCACAACUACAACUACUACGGGAGUUUCGCCGUCACCUCUACUAAACGAUCCAACAGUUCAAAAGGCACUUGACAGUCUGUUACAAGGCAAUUUGCUCAAAAGCAUCGGCGAUCAGCAACCAGCUACAACUACGACACCUCUAUUUGCUGCUUUUUCUAAUAUCGGACGAUUUUAAUUCGUUUAUCAUUAUUUAUUAUAUAAUGAAAAAUGGAGAUAUGGUACUCCUUUAUUUUUCUCGCAUUCAUACUCGUCUAAUAAAAUAUGAGCUGAAUAUUUUGCAAUGAUAUUUAGUAAAAAUCCGAUAAAUGCUAACAAAAUUCAAUAGUACAUGAUUUUGAUAUUUGUGUCUAAUGAAAUGUUAGCAUGUUUUUCCAUGCAUGGUGAAGUCUUGCUGUAUGAUUCUCGAGCGGAGCUAUAGGAGCAAAAAAAAUUGUGGAAUGAGUCAUAUAAAUGAAACUCCUUCCAUACACUGUUUUAUUAUUAUAGUCGUAGAACUAACGAUGUAGCUUAAAAUUAAAAAAUUUCUAAAUUGGACAAUUUUUCAACUUGUCAAUUUGUAAAUUUGUAAAUUCACCACAUUGGGAAUGUUUAAAUUCCUAAAUUUGUGAGAGUAUGAGGGCGAACUUGCUCAGUAGAUUGUAUAAACGGAUAGAAAUCAUAUAGUAAGACUGCACUGUGCUGAAAACAUACAUUUUUAAAUAUAGAAUUUAUAUAAGUUCUAUAGAUUCUGUUUAUAUAAUUUACAGAGAUACAUAUAAUGAUAUCUGAAAAUAUAUUUGUUUACUCUUUCAUUUUCCGGACAGACAUAUUUUAGUACAUUAUACUUAUUAUAGCGCUUUAAGUGGAAGAGAUUUAGAACAUCGGUAACGUUUAAUAAAUUUUUAACGCGUGUUCGGUGUUUCUUUGUUUUUAUUUCUACAAAAUUAAACAAGAU